AUAUCUAUAAUAUUUUUGCGCCAGAUUCAGAAUGUUAUAAAUAUUUCCUUCUGUGUAUAUAAUUUACAAAUUCAAUGGGCGCGCACCAAUCUAAGCGUUAUUCGGACUCCGAAGUUUGUCUUUCGCCUUUAAAGGAUGGAACCUUUUUUGAUAUUACUUUUGGUAAAAGAUCUAGACAUUAUAAUAAGCAAAAUUCGGAAGAAGAUAGUCAGAGCUCGCAUAAGAAUAAAAAGGGUUUCGAAGACCCAGGGGCCCCCUCUACUCCUUAUACCUCGAAUCCGCCAUCCCCUCACUUUCUCAGACCACGAGCUAAAACCAUAAGUCAAGCCUACCCUUCUCUCGCGUUCUGGCGACUCCGACAUUCUCACCAACCUUAUGUAAAAGAAUUCGAAACGUCAGCUAAGGAUAGAUUACCGGCUGUGUUUAGAUGGAAAUGCCCGAAAAUGGACAAACAAGGAGUCGGUAAAUUGGAGGCUCAAGAGCACCACAAGUCCCAUCCCAAAACUGUGAGCAUUGUGGGAAGCUGGGAUGGCUGGAAGAAAAGACUUCCUUUAGUUUUUAGUGAAGAACAUUUUGCUAUGAUCAUUGAAUUGCCUGAAGGGACUCAUCACUACCGAUUUUUAGUGGACAAUGAAUGGACAUACGAUGACAAACUACCCUCAUCAACUGAAAAUGGAACUGGAUUUAUGAAUAACAUUUUGGAAGUAAAAAAAUCAGAUUUCGAAGUUUUUGACGCCCUAGCCGAUGAUUUAGCAUCCGGUCAAGAUUCUAAUAAUCGUAACUCUUCCGAUUCUUCCUCUGGGUCCAAUCAAUUCGUGGCUAACAAACAAUUAAACUAUUUGGAUGAUUCAGGCUAUAGCAAAGAUAUCCCUUCCCCAAAACUCCUGGUCGAUUGGGAUAGAUUAUUUUGUUCCUCUUCAAACUCGGCUGGCUCUCAGAAUGCUAAUGGAGGGACAUUUAGUGGGCCCCCAAUUUUACCUCCCCAAUUGCUUCAAGUAAUUCUCAACAAAGAUAUUCCAUAUCAUUACGAGCCCGAAUUGCUACCCGAGCCCAAUCACGUCAUGAUCAACCACUUAUAUGCGCUAUCAAUUAAGGAUGGUGUUAUGGUAAUGAGUUGCACUCACAGGCACAAUAAAAAAUAUGUCACUACCUUAUUAUACAAACCAGUUGUUCAAUGAAAAAUGUUACUUUUCUACAUUUAUUUACGAACGAAACAAUAUUAAUAUUUAUGUCCAUUAAUAACGUUGUGAAGGCCACUCAAUACUCUUUUAAUUAUACCAUCAUAGGCAAAGUAUUUUUUUUUAUUUUGCGAAAAUUAUUGCGCAUAAAAUCUUAAGAAUUACUAACAUUUUAAAUAGAUUAUAUAUUUUUUUAUAUAUUUAAAAUAGAGUUGAUUAUAUAUAUCAUUCCGUCUUAAUUUAUAGAUAAUAUUUAUUAUAAUAUCUAAGUCGAAUAGUUAAAAAAAAUUGUUUGUAUAUAUCACUAAUAAAUAAAAUAUAAAAAUUAUCCUAUAUAAUAUACUGUGAUAUAGAAUCAGACACGUAAUUAAUAUAAUACUAUAUUAUAAACUUUAAAUCGCGGAAUUUUUUUCUCAUUUUAUAAUCGUUUUCAUCCAAAUUUUUUUUUUGAAAUCUAUGGCACACACGCAUUGAAAUUUUUUUAAAUUAAUCUGUUAAAUUUAAAAGGUGGAAUAUUUUAAUUUAUUCUUUUCAUUUUUUAUGACCCAAUCAUAGUUAUUGUUUAUUAUAACAUAACGAUUUUUUUUCAUCUUAAAAAAGUAUCUUUCAGUCCUUUGAGAUUUAUCUUUUUUUGACAAUUUUAACUCUUAUAUUCAAUUAUUGCAGGUGUUGAUAUAUAUUUCUUGGAAUAAUUAAUUUUUAGUUUCGCUAUGAUUAAUUAUUAUGGACAUCAACUCCAACUUAAUUUUUCAUUAAAUCAAUUUAAUUUAUUCAUUUUAAUAACAAAAUGAUUUUUAUGCGUUAACCUAUUUUUGUAGUUAACAAUAUUUUAACAUUUAUAUUUUUCAAGUCAUAUUUUAAAAAAAUUGAUUUUUUGCU